UCGCCAUUUUGAAAUGUUUUUGUGAUUUUUUUUGUUAGUUAAGUAAGGUUUUUUGUUCAUGUAAACAAGUUGAGAUGUUUUCCGGUCGAGGGGAUUUUCACGGAAAUUAUUAGUAUCAAAGCGCAGAAAUUCAUUAUCCGUGUUUUUAACCAUUUCAAAAACUGCGAGUAGUAUUCACAAUGGGAAAAGUUAAUUAAACAAAAUUUUUAAAAAUGGCUCCUGACGUAUUGAUGUCAUUCUUACCUUGUGAAGUUAUUGACUAUAUUCUUGAAAGUAAUAAUAUUAAAAUUAAGGAUGUCAUCAAUUUUGGAAUGACUUGCAAGCAUAUGUAUAGAUCUGUGACUAAUAGUAAUAAACUGUGGAGGACAAAAUUCUUUCAGAGAUGGCCAACUCUGAAAGAUACAUACGAAAAAAUUGACAAAGAUGGGUACAAAGUGUCGGAUUGGAUGGAGGAGUUCCACAGGUGUUUGGAUAGCAGGAAGAAAUUAAUGGAGGAAUUAUCCCACAUGUCUAUGAACCACUACAAACAGCAGGAGCUUUCUCACAGUAGUUUAAAUAAUUUUAAACCGCUCUUCCGUUCUGAAUUGGGGGCGCAUCCUAUGGCUUACCAUUUCCUUAUUGAUGAACUUAUUCGAUUAAUAGAACGACCAGUUUUGGAAUCCAAUUUGACACAUAAGCACUAUGCUUACAAAAUCAUAAGAUACUUGAGACAGUGUUAUUUGGCGGACGAGUGGGCAAAGUUCCUGAAUCUUGCAGUGGAGUAUCAAACACUGGAAAAAGGAGCUGUCUUGGUAUCUCAAUGGAGUCAGCCAGAGAGACAUAUCUCCUACACUUACGUUGCCUCAAUGUUGGACAACAUCGCUGAUUACACCAAGCAAUUGAUUAAAGAGAAACACCCAGCUCACCCAAUUCUCUCUCAAACACAGGAAACAUUCAACGAGUGGAGGGAAAAAAAUAUCAGCGAUAAUCAGUGGAGCUCUGGAGAUACUAGACAAGUCAUGACCGCACUCUGUGAAGUCAUGUUCGAUAGGAUGUUGUUCCAUGGAAACAGUGAGAUGUAUUAUUCAUCGGAAAACUCUUUCAUCGAUCGAGAAAUAACUAAUUUGGUGAGACCUCCUUGGAGAGAUAAAAUUGGCGAGAUGGAAAAACUAAUGAGAUUAAACUGACGAAAUUUACCUGGCGAGAAUAUUCAGGCGAGAUAAAGUUACCAAAUAAGAUAUUUUGUGAUGAACGAGAAUAUAUUACCAGGAGAGAAGAAGA